AUGAUUUAUAUCUCUGGUGUGAAACCAGCUUUAAGAUCUAGAACUUUCCAUCACAGGUUCGGUGGGCUGCACUUCUUCAAUCCUGUCCCCGUGAUGCGUCUCCUGGAGGUUAUCAAGAGCGACCGCAUGUCCCAAGAGACUUAUAACGCCAUGAUGGAGUGGGGCAAGUCCGUGGGCAAGACCUGCAUCACCUGCAAAGAUACUCCUGGAUUUGUCGUCAACAGGCUACUAGGGCCUUACAGUGCUGAAGCUUUCAGAAUGUUUGAGCGAGGUGAUGCCAGUAAAGAAGACAUCGAUAUUGCUAUGAAGUUGGGUGCGGGAUACCCCAUGGGUCCGCUAGAGCUGGCCGACUACACCGGACUCGAUACUAACAAGUUCGUCCUCGAGGUGUUGUACCAGAAGACAAAGAACCAAGUGUUUAAGCCGAUACCGUUACUGAAUAAAAUGGUGGAAGAAGGCAAACUGGGAAUCAAGACCGGGGAGGGCGUCUAUAAAUACAAGAAGUGA